GAUGUACGAACUUCCGGUUGUCCCGGCAGGCCGCCGCUGCCGCCGCCGAAGCCGCCCGGCGCAGUCUCAGCCACCCGCUCUCCGCCAGAGAGUCGGCUCUGCGGCUCCGGCGCGCCCAUGGUCGGCGCUGCGGACCGGGAGGCCGGCCCGGCGGCUGCGGUGUGCUGAAAGGCCGGCGUGGGGACCAUGCCGACCCCGCGCGGCUGCUCCGGGCCUUGUCACUUCCUGGCUCCGGCCUUCGUGCUGCUGUUGCUGCCCGCGCUGAGCGGGUCCGGGGCGGUGCCGUCCACGGGGGCCAGGGAAGUGCAGGGGUACAAGCCUCUCGAGCCCGGGCCGCGUACGCUGUCGCCGCUGCCUCCGGGCCCCACCGCGGCCCAGCCGCGGGGUCAAGCUCAGGCUGAUGCCACCGGGCCGCGAGGCGCUGAGAGCCGAAAUGGCAGCAUCCCUGGGGCGGGGAGUGAGGCGGACGGCCUUGAAGGGAAGGCCGGAGAAGGCUCCCUGGGUGGCAGCCUGGCCGUGAGUCCCAGUCCUAGCGACAAGCCCAUGACCCAGCGGGCCCUGACCGUGUUGAUGGUGGUGAGCGCCGCGGUGCUCGUGUACUUCGUGGUCAGGACCGUCAGGAUGAGAAGAAGAAACCGCAAAACGAGGAGAUACGGUGUUUUGGAUACUAACAUAGAGAACAUGGAAUUGACACCUUUAGAACAAGAUGAUGAUGAUGACGACACCACACUGUUUGAUGCCAAUCAUCCUAGAAGAUAAGUAUGUGCCUUUAAUGAGAAGACUUCAUAUUUCUACUGAAGAACAGAAUUUCUAUGUCUAAGGAAUAAGAAGCCACUCUAUUAAGGGGAGGGAAAUUUAAUUUAUAUACAUUAUGUCAACCUUUAAUUUGUUGUUACUCAAUAAAUAUUGUAUCAUUUUGUUACAACUUUGUAUAUUUGCAACUGCUGUAUUUAUUAGUGGGCUCCAUGUUGUUAGGGACAAAUUAUACUAUACUGGAUUUCCUGUUUGAAAAUUAUUUUUAAAAUGUUUUCUGCAGAGCUUUUGUUGCUUCCUUUUACCAUAUUAUUGUAACUUUGUUUUCUUAAUUAAUUAUUGUUGCUUUCUUUUUUGUCAGUGUCAUAAUUUAAAGAACUAUAAGCCACAACUAACUGGUAUGAAUAAAUAAAAUUCUACUAAACCUUUUCCAAUUUUUAUGGGGGAAAAAAGAAAAAUCUAUUAUAUUGUUUUUGAGUUUGUAAAUAGUAAUAAUUGUUUGUGCUAAAGUAUGAAAAAGAAUAAAUAUGAUUUAAAAUUAUUUAAGUGGUACAGACAGAAUGCGUUUACAAAAUAAAUACUGCAUAAUUAUAUAUUAACAUGUGUUUUAUAUUAUCUUUAUAUAUAUACUGAGUCCAAAACAUUUUUCCCUAAGUAUAGUGUCUCAUACCUGUAUUUCCUGUAUUAAGGUGGAUCUCUGGGAGUUUGAGGUCAAGGAUAAAGCAGACAGAGAAGGUUGAAUAUCUUUUUAGAGGUUAUAUAUUUUGGAAAUUAUGAAUUUCAAGUACAAUUGUAGUGUAAUGUGAGAGAGUUAAUAAUACAAAUUGUAUGUUUAUAAGUCUGAAUCUUGUCAGAGAUCAAGAAAUUGAAAUUUUUCAUCUGUGGACUUUGAAGUCAAGGAUUCUAUGUAGAGAUUAGCUUUAUCUCGCAGCAAAUCCAAUCCCACUCAGGACCGAUUUUUACAUAUUUUAAAAUUUAGAAGAAAAAGAAAAGGCAUGGGUCAUAAAAGUUCAUUGCUUGUUAACAUCAAUGAGGUCAUUUAAAUCUUGACAGAUGGACUGAUCCCCAGUCAUAGUGGCUUAAAGGAUUUAUUUACUAACAUCAACUUUACUUUAUCAUGUUUACUUCUACUGUGUUUGACAUUUUCUCUGUAUCAAAGCUGAUUAAAAAAAACUACCUCAAAAGCAAA